CCUACUGCUCGCAACACGCGUGCACUCCUCUCCCUCUCGCGCCGCUCGUUGCCCGCUGGACGUACGCGUUUGCCAGCGGAAAGCUCGCCACCGUUGUGCGUGAUCUUUGCACGCGUCGCCCUGUGCGUGUGUCUCCUAGGCAACGGAACAACCGCUUGGACCGCUUGGAACGGACGCCACGACCUCGGACCCGUUUCAUUGGCGAUGGCUGACGACUGAGUUAUCAUUGAAAUAACGACCUCGAGGAAUUCAGUAAUAAGCUUCUCUUUGGAAUUCAACUCACAAGGCAAAGAAUCGAAGGAGAACUCGAACUAUCGUUGCCGCUGGAGAAGAAAAAAGCUCGAGCAGUAAUAUCGAGUAGAAGCGAAGUAUCCGAAGAUGCGUAAAUCAUUGCGAUGGGAGCGGCAGCAGCAGCACCAGCAGCAGCAGCAGCAGCAGCAGCGACGGCAGCAGCAGCAGCGGCGGCGCCAACGGCAACGGCAGCCCGACAAAGCGGAAGCAGAGACGAUGCCGAGGACGAGACAAUAAAGCGCGCUCGACGAACUCAAGUUAGCAAGUGGCGGGAGUAGGAGGUCGCGCGGAAGCGACGCUGCAGUCGAGGAUGCGGGAGCAGUGCCGAUAAGCCGGCGAGCCGCCGACAGACCGACAGUCGCAGGGCAGGUACUCAGGCGCAGAUAGGACGCGGAGAGGCCUCGCAGAGAUGCUAGUGGACGAGUGCGGAGCGUGGAGCGGCGGCGGCAGUCUGCGCGGCGGUUGGAACACGCCACUGGGCUGCCGCGCUGCCUCGAGCAUGAGCUUCGGCGGCAGCGUGCCUUCCCUACACCACACCGGCUCGAUAAGGUCGCUGCGCUCGCAGCACUCCACGCAGCUGCAGCCGAACACAAGCAAAUAUGAACAACUGUAUGACACGAAACGCACGUGCCGCAUGCAGCCAAGCGAGACGCCAAUGCGAUGCGUGCGCUGCUUGUAUCCAGGCGCGCAGACGAGCACGCCGAUCAUGGGUUGUCCAGCACUGUUGGUAGCGCAACAGCAGCAGCAGCAGCAGCAGCACCACCACCACCACCAUCAUCAUCUGCAGCAGCAGCAGCAGCAGUCGCAUCAGUAUCAGUACACGCCGAGCCACUGCAUGGACGCGGGCAAUGGCUCGGCUUGCGUGCCGCCGCAGUCAGCUGCCAGCGCUCACCACCGCCAUGCCUCGUCGUCCUAUCACGGCGAUCCACGAGUGCGCUGUACCGACCUGGAGGAUUCAGCAAUAGGCAACGGCAACUGGCUCCUCGGCGAUCUGCGAAGCUUGCAUCGAUGCGUGCCAGCACUUAGGCGAACAGGGAUCGACGUGUCUGGUAUACGGAUGCACUUCUAUCCUGAAGGUGGCUGGGGCUGGUUAGUUUGCGCAGCAGGCUUUCUGGCGAUGCUCCUCACUAGCGGCAUGCAACUCGCCUUUGGACAGCUGCACAUUCACGCGGCCAAACACCUCGUCCAAUCAAGCCUAAUGGAUAUCGCGUGGAUCGGCUCGCUAAGCGCGGCAGUGUCGCACGCCUCGGCACCCUUGGUCCUCGGUACUUGUCGGCGCGGCAGCACAAGGCUCACUGCUGUCAUUGGAGGACUCGUGCUCGCACUCGCCGCUCUAUUCACAUCCUUCGCUCUGCAACCGCAUCAAGUACUUCUCAGCUACGGAGUGGUGCUGGGUUGCGGCGCCGGGUUGGUGCGCGAAACGGCGAACCUCGUGCUGGGACAUUACUUCAGAAAAAGACGGGAAUUCGUGGAAAUGAUCGUCCAGGCGGGUACUGGCGUUGGCAUCGCACUAUUCUCGGUGUCCUACAAGGAAGCUGUGGGAAAAUUAGGUUGGAGGCUGGGCCUUCAAGCGAUAACCGGCGCCCUCUUCAUGGCGUUCUUUCUGGGUCUGAUCUAUCGAAGCGCAUCGCUGUAUCAUCCGCAGAGGCACGCGAUUGUGCAUUUGAAAAAUCAACAGAAUAAACUCAAGCCCAAAUCCAAGUCGGCACUCAAGGCGGCCCGACAACCGCUCUUGGAUUUCAGUCCUUUGGCGAGUCGACCUGUUAGGAUGCUCAUGCUUGCCGCCGGUACUGCUUCUUUUGGACUUUACACGCCAGCUUUUUAUAUUGCGCUGCAAGAAUACCAGGAGGAAAGCGACACAAGUGCCUCGGUAUUAUUGCAGACCUGCCUGGGUCUGUCGGCAGCUUUGGGCUGCGCCGCCUGGGGAAUGGUGACCGCCCGACCGUCUGCCCAAUGCCUCGUGUCCAGGCAAUAUCUCUGCCAGGGGGCUCUCGUCGGAGUUGCGAUAGCCCAGGUGGCACUUGGAAGCGUGCAAGGCUACCACGGCCUGGUGCUGGCGUCGGGACUUUACGGGGCGUCGCUCGGCGGAAGCCUGUAUUCCCUGAAGAUGCUCGCCCUCGAGAGGCUGAGGGCACGGCAGUUCGCCAAAUCUUGGGCGCUCGUCCAGGCCGCCAAAGCUCUGCCGAUCCUAGUUGGAGUUCCUCUUACAGGCUACAUGAAUGCGAGCAGCCCGCGGGUGGGCUACUACGCGUGCACCCUGAGUUCCUUGUGCGGCGCGGCCCUGCUGUUCCUCGUCGGCUGGGCUCGGCGAAACCCAUGCUCGCCGAUCGUCGGCGCUGCCGCGAGCGCCGCCGCAGCCAGUGCCGCCGCCGGGGGCGCCGGCGGCUCGCUCGCCUCCAUGCCCGUUUGCGCCUGCUCGGCGGCCAACGUCACUCCCGUCGCGAGGACGCUCACCAGGCUGCCCAAGUCGCAGUCGCUGCACAUACCGCUCAGCAGGCCCGAGACUCCGCUCCACCAUGGCUUGCAUCCCGGCCAUCUCGAUGGCUUUCACAGGAAUAGCUUUUACGGAUACCCGCAUCGACACUUCCACGAGCAACAGCUUGGAACAAUUUGCGGCGGCUGCUUACCACCUCAAGGGCCACUGAGGCCAAGCAAAAGCGUGCCCGAAGGUCUGGCGCAACCCUACCAUUAUCAGUUUGAUCCUCAGCAGCAAUCGCAUCAUCAGCUGCACCCUGAGCUCGUGCAGCGCGCAAGAACGCCAAGGCGCAGUCGCGAUGUCACCGUCAUCGAGCAAAUCACCACGAGCGUCUGAGGUUGACCUCAAAGACCGUCUUGUGGACCGUCUAGAUCGUACUACAUCAAAGCGUAAUUGGUGUGCUGCUCGAGUGCAGCGUCGCGAGUGGCCAAUGAACUAUGACUUUGGCUGCACGGACUGCUUUUACGCGACGUGCGCUCAUAAACUCAGUGUGUUUACGCGAACAUUGCGACACGCAGUGCCGACAGCGCGGCUCUAGUUGAAUGGAUCCGAAUUGGUGCGUUUGGCGCGUCGUCGAUAGCAGGAGUAUAGGUGUGUUAGCGUUCAAUUUUAUUACGGAAGACCGCUGUGAUCGCCACUCUUUUUCAAAUCGUUAGCUAUUCUUAUUAUUAUUAUUUUUUAUUGAUUGUUACAACAAACUCGUACAUCGAAUUGUAUGUAAAGCUGCCUCACUACUUGUUUCCAUCGUAUAUUUUUCAACGGAUGGUCAUUUUACGGAUCCUCUAGCCAUUUCAUUUUCUGACGAAAGCUUGUCAGAUUUCAAUACGACCAUGAUAUUACUAACGUAUUUAGAGUUUUUUUUACAACAGUUUCAAGCGUUACAUUACUGUUUAUACAUAUACAUUAUGAUCUUUCUACAACCAAUCGUAACAAUUUGAAACGAUAAAUGCACACGUGGAUGUUCCAAUUUUUACAUGUACGUAAUUUCUUACCUAAAUUAUCGAAUAACUUAUUUUUUAAUCCAUCUUAGCGUGUUCUAAUAUUCAUCAAAUAGUUAGCGAGCAAUAAAUUAAAGAUUGUAAAUAUUGAUGGACAUUAAGAUUGCCAAAUAAUACAUGAUUUUGAAUAACGUAGAUCUUUUCUACAGUUUACAUUAGUAAAACAGAGAGCUGUACAAUGGAAAUUUUGCAUUUUCAAUUAUACAUAUAUACACAUAUGUAUUACCUCCAGGUUUUUGUGCCAAGCAAUUUAUCGCUAUCAAGAGUUCGUUGUACCGUUAUUUGGCAGCCGUACGCUGCUGGAGUUUAAUUGUAAUUCGUGCGUAACGACGCGCUAAUGUGUAUCGCUGAACUGCAAAGCGUUUCCUUUAUGUAAUCGUAUGCGUACAUUUUUAUGCGUUUCAGCUCUCAUUGUUAUGCAGAAAAUUUAACGCUUCGUGUGUACAUUACAAAGUUUGCAAGCCAAGUAUAUGCUUUUUCAAGUGUUUUUGCGUACCUUUGACGUAGGAACAAGUGAAUCGACUUUUGCUUUUACGAAUAUGACAUUCAGACUGCAUUUUACUGCAUGAAAAUUAAUGCAUUUUCUGAAAAAAUCGAACACUUAUGGAAUGAUCUUUUUAAGUAGUGGUAUAAAAAAAAGCUUCCCAGGCGAACAAUUCUUGCGUAGCAGUGAAAAUAUUGAUUGGAUGCAUUAUUCAAUGCAUCGAAAAUAUCUUGUGCAUAAAUGUACUCAAGUUUUGCUUGUAUAAUCAAUCCGAAAAAUCGUAUUAGCGUGCAUCAAGUCUAUAAUGAAAUUGAAGUUAUCUAAUAUUAACACGUCAAGUAUACGAUCUAACAUUGCGCCUGACUCAAUAUAAGUCAUGUAGCACUUAACGUGUUAAUGAAGCUGCCAACAUUUAUGGAGCUGGACUCCUAAGAUUGAAUCACAAUUUAAUAUAUGAAAUAGAAAGCACAUUUAGAUUGUCAGCACCACAGACAGAUAGCUUGCUUCGUUAGAUACACAUUAUCAAUGCAAACGAACGAACGAAAGUGUAUCCUCAUGAUAAACGUUCAAGUUUGACGCUUAUGAGCGCUUGACAUAAUUUACAAGCGGCAAGACUUGCCAUUAAGUUUGUAUUUGCGAUAUAUUUUAUACGCGUGAUACCUAUAUGUGCAAUUUCUAAUGUUUAAAGCGGGAUUAUAGUUCGAUUCCCAUUUUUUUUCUUAUAUAAUGACAAAUUCAUACAUUAUAUACUGAAAGACUUACUGUAAGAAUUUUUUUAAAAGGAAUAUAUUUUAUAAAAUUUGCUAUUUCACUUUUUUGCUUGUAUCGACGUUUACUGAUUGAAUUUAAAGAAAUAUUUAAUUACAAGACUACAUUGAAUAAAUGUUUUUAACACAUUUCGUGUGUUACAAUCAAAGACUAUUGCACAGUUAAUAAAAACCAGUAUUAAAUACUAUAAGUAAAUAAUUAUUACUGUACAAAUUAGACGUUUGAUCGCGUGCGUAAGAUAAAAGAAAUUUGCAAUCCAAAACGAAAACAUAAGUACGUAGUUUAUUAGAAAAAGGAAUCAGUAGAUUUUUAUAAAGCUCUCGGAAAGCGAGCGUUUGUUGUUCGCUUAUAGAUUUUAUUGUAUAUGUUAUACAUAUACCCGUAACUCGUUACUUUCUUGCAAUCCUAUGGAAAUAAGUAGGCAAACAUGGUUUUGCAGCGAAUUAGCAAGAAAUGAGAAGGAAUAAUGUACAUGGAAGCAGCGUAUCGUUAAUCGGAUAUAAUACAGAGAAUCGUCCUUCAUCAUUUUCAGCAGAGAAGUAACGAAAAACCCAAGAAAUAGAGCGUAAGCUGUGUUUAUAUAAAGCUUAUAUCCUGUAUACCUAUGCAGCGUUACGACGGAAAAAGAUGGAAGAGAAAUUAUACGGGGCCCAAUAUCAACUGUUACAAUCAGUAGACUAAAAUAACUGUUGAGAAUACGUUGGUCCGCGCACACCAAAAGUGCGAUUGAGAUAAUGGGUUUUUUUAACGAUCGUUAAUCAUCUUAGUCUGUUGAUUUCAUCUAACAAAUUACCAUUUCAAAAUUCACUGUAGUAAUAAUGAAUUUCGCUAAGAUUAUUUUACGGUAGCUAAACAUUAAGUAAGUAAGCUGAUUGAUAGCAGACCUUUUUUAUGCUGCUGAUUUUGUAAUGACACAGAUGAAUGAUACUGCAUUUAAGUAGCAAAGAAAUAGAAUUAUUAAAUGUGAAACAUAUGCGACAUUAUACUUAUGAACAUUUGAAAGAUUUAAAAAUCAGUUUUAUGCAUAAUAUGGUGUUAAUGAAAAAUAUAAUUGUGUUUUAACAACUUUAUUCGUGACUACUAUACUAUUGAAUAAUACAUAAAUACGAUAAUCGCUCUAUGAAAUUAAGAAUGUUUACUAAAGGAGAAUUAUUAGCUCAGGAAUUAAACACGAAUCGCAUCAAAAUUACAUGUUCAGCGUUUUAAAAUAACGAUAUCAAGCCUCCACUUUGUUGCUUAUCAUUAAAAUGUGCCUUGAAGGCUUUAGUCAAUAAUUACAAAUAUUAAUGUGGGUUAUAAUUCUCAUAAAAAGAAUAUCUUUAAUUUUAAAAGAUUUCUUUUUUCUUACAGUUUACGUACAAAACGAGAUAUAUAUGUACAACUGAAUUACGCACUCACUUUCGAAAAUUUUCAAAUUAUUGUGAUGCUAAAAUAAAAUUUAAUGCCGUUUACAGAAAGAUUUAUUGAAAAUUCAAUUGACGUUGAAGAUUUUUUAAAAACGUCUGAAUUCAUAGAUAAUAUUCAAAUUGAAUUUAAAAAUUUACAUAUUUCAAGAGACAUGCACAAUCGCAUAAAACCAAGGACUUAUUUGACCAAUAAUAAUUUUUCGCAUAAAAAUUGAAAAACGUUAACAUCUAUAAAUAAGCAUUCUAUAAAUGUUCAAUCAUCAAAAUGUAUUAUUAUAUGAUAUACGUUAACGCAUGGAUUUUCAUAUGCAAAAUUGAAAUUCAUUAAAUGAACUGAAACGAGGACCGAACGGAGGAAUCAAAUAAAAAACGAAAAAUAUAGUAGAUAGUUUUAUGUAAUAAAUACAUAGAAAAUGCAAAUGCAAUUACAUUCAUAAUUGUAAGUAUCGAGAUUAGAAAGUCGACUGUACUUGUAUUUGAAAUAUAUGUAAA